AGGGCAGCCCGGCCGCGCUCGGCUCCGGGGGUGUCACCGGCCCCGCUCCCCCCUCGCCAUGGCCGGGCUCCUGCCGCUGCUGCUGCUCCUGCUGCCGGCGGGCCCCGGGGCUGGCGCCUCCAAGGACGAUUGUGCCUCCAAGCUGUUCACGGCCGGCGGCGAGUGCUGCCGCCUCUGCAACGUGGGCGAGGGCGUGGUGCAGCCCUGCGGGGUCAACCAGACGGUCUGCGAGCCCUGCCUGGACAGCGUCACCUUCUCGGACACGGCCAGCGCCACGGAGCCGUGCAAGCCGUGCACGCAGUGCGAGGGGCUGCAGAGCAUGUCGGCGCCCUGCGUGGAGACCGACGACGCCGUGUGCCGCUGCGCCUACGGCUACUUCCAGGACGAGGCCAGCGGGAGCUGCCGCGAGUGCCGCGUCUGCGAGGCGGGCUUCGGCCUCAUGUUCCCCUGCAAGGACUCGCAGGACACCGUGUGCGAGGAGUGCCCCGAGGGCACCUUCUCCAGCGAGGCCAACUUCGUGGACCCCUGCCUGCCCUGCACCACGUGCGAGGAGAACGAGGUGCUGCUGCGGGAGUGCACGGCCGUGGCGGAUGCGGAGUGCCGCGGCCUCCACCCUCGCUGGACAACGCACGCCCCGUUCCCGGGGGGCUCUGAGGGCCCCGAGGCGGCCACCAGGGAGCCGCCGAGCACCGAGGGCGCGGCCAGCACCGCGGGGGACACGGCCACCACUGUCAUGGGCAGCUCGCAGCCCGUGGUGACCCACGGCACCAGCGACAACCUCAUCCCCGUCUACUGCUCCAUCCUGGCCGCCGUGGUGGUGGGGCUGGUGGCCUACAUCGCCUUCAAGAGGUGGAACAGCUGCAAGCAGAACAAGCAGGGGGCCAACAACCGCGCGGUGAACCAGACGCCGUCGCCCGAGGGGGAGAAGCUGCACAGCGACAGCGGCAUCUCCGUGGACAGCCAGAGCCUGCACGAGCAGCAGCCCCCGGGGCAGGGCAGCCAGGGGCCAGCAGCCCCCAAGGCCGACGGGACCCCGUACGCGGCGCUGCCGGCCAGCAAGCGGGAGGAGGUGGAGAAGCUGCUGGGCAGCUCGGCCGAGGACACGUGGCGGCAGCUGGCGGGCGAGCUGGGCUACAAGGAGGAGCUGCUGGAGGCCUUCACGCGCGACGAGGCGCCGGCGCGGGCGCUGCUGGCGCACUGGGCCGGCCGCGAGUCGGCCACGCUGGAGGCGCUGCUGGCCGCCCUGCGCCGCCUGCAGCGCGCCGACAUCGCCGACAGCCUGGCCAGCGGCUCCACCGCCACCUCCCCCGUCUGAAGGGCGGCCCGGGGGGGCUCGGGGCCGGGGGCACCCCACAGGGGUCGCUCCGGGCCCCCCCGGAGGAGCUCGCGGUGCCGGUACCGGCCGCUCCCCGAGGCGGUCCCGCCCGGCAGCCCCUGAUGGGGUUGGGGGGUUCGGCCUCGCCCCCCCGUCACACAUCCAGCCCUGGGGGCUGCGGGACGGACGGACAGAUGGACAGAUGGGCACGGGAGGGAUGGCCGUGCUGUCAGCCCUCUCCGCUGCCCCCCUUCAGCUCCUCCUGCUGCCCCUCCGCUCCCCCCAGCGCCCCCAGACCUGGCUGCGCUCCCCCGAGGGGGAAGGGGGGGCUCGGGGGGGCUGGGG